UGUUUCCCGACGUCCGUCACACUCGGGUCCCGGUCAGAGCUGCACGAUUUCACAACGAUCACCGUCUGAAUAUUCCCAACUGACUCUGGGGAUGCCUUACCCAUGCGGGUGAUUAUGCAAUAUCACCUCCUGAUCAGCGACGGCAGUCAGCAGUGCGCCAUGCAGAACGAGGAUUUGCCGAAAUUUCACGAUAAAGUUGUCGGGCUUCCCCAACAUGCGUUGGUUCGUUUGAUAGAAUCUUAUAUCAAAUCUCUCAAUCGAUCUCUUUAGAUCUUUGAGUUGUCUCCUUCGCUCGCAUGCAUUUGUUUCAUCCUUCUUCUGUCUCUGACUGUUCAUCUAUCACAACACUCAUCUGCGUGACAUGGUGGAGAGCCGGCAGCCAGAGGCACUUGCGUUGAUAUGCCUUUUUCCGAUUCUUGCUACCAUUUUCGUGGGCCUCAGGACUUUCUCAAGAUAUUUGGGUCAGAACUUUGGAUGGGAUGAUUGGCUUAUUCAUGUUGCUUUGCUUCUUCUUCUCGGAGAAACAAUAACUUCUUAUCAAUAUGUAAUUCUAAGCCACACCGGGUACCACGUAUAUGAUAUUCCAAAACAGACAGUCGCCCAGCAAGUGGAUACUUUGAAAUGGAGCUUCGCGGUACAGUUGUUCUAUCAUCCGAUGAUGGGCGCGAUUCGAGCAUCGAUUAUUAUGUUCCUCUUCCGGGUUAAGGACAAGAGGUGGUUCAUUCAGUUCGCUCUCCACAUCGUUUUCUGGAUCAAUAUUGGAUACAUGGUAUCGACCACUUUUGUGAAUAUAUUCCAGUGUAAUCCAGUACAUUACACAUACAUGCGACCUCAAGAAGACCAAGAACUCAAUGCGAACGGAAAAGUGAUAAAACAUGGAAAGUGUAUUGACAGCCUAAGUUUCAUCUUAGCCUCCUGCGGACUCAGCAUUUUCAUGGACCUCAUAAUUAUUCCAAUUCCGACUGCUAUGGUAUGGAAACUUCAGAUGCGGAGAAAAACGAAGAUCGCAGUGGUGGUGAUCAUGAGUAUGGGAUGGAUUGCCACUGCUGUUUCUGUAGGCCGAUUCAUCGUGUACUACUACCGCUUCUCCCCAACAAAUACAGAUAGGUCAUAUAACAUAGGCAUCGUGAUAUCGAUUGCUGAGCCAGCUGUCGGUAUCAUCGCGGCGUGCGCACCCGCCAUGAAGUGUCUCUUCCGUCACUUGAUGCCGCGCUACUUCUCCGACGGCGGAUCGGCAGAUCCUUCUCGCACGCGAUCACAGCCAAUAUCCAGACACAGAAAGUCUUCAAGCUUUCAUGACGCAAGGGAUGAGGGCAGCGACUAUGGUAGGACGAGAGGUCUAGGAAGAGAAGAAGAGGUGUACGGCAUGCGACCACUCGAGAGUCUAGAUUCGAGGGACCAAAUUGUCAGCGCGAUUGGGGGUCCACCUGGUCGGACACGGAGCACGAAGACUGGUUACAGUGAAGUUGAAGAAGCUAUACCGAAGAAUUUUCUUAAUCACAAUGAAUAGAGCGC